AUGAGCACCGAAGCAGAACAGUCGCAGUACGAUGAUGGCCUGGCCGGCGGUCCUGGCGCACCAACGCCACUUUCUGCGCUCGAUGGCAUGGCAGGUCUCACCAAACGGGACAUACAGCUGUUCAUCGAUGGCGGAUACAACACAGUCGAAUCAGUUGCAUACACGCCAAAGAAGCUUCUGCUGGACAUCAAAGGCAUAUCAGAGCAGAAGGCGACCAAGAUCCUAACGGAGGCUUCGAAACUCGUUCCAAUGGGCUUCACGACAGCCACAGAGAUGCACGCGCGUCGAUCCGAACUCAUCUCCGUCACCACAGGCUCAAAGCAACUCGACACUCUCCUCGCAGGCGGCAUCGAAACGGGCAGCAUCACCGAGAUCUUCGGCGAAUUCAGAACUGGAAAAUCGCAGAUCUGCCAUACGCUUGCCGUGACGUGCCAGCUACCGUUCGACAUGGGCGGUGGCGAAGGCAAGUGUCUGUACAUCGAUACCGAAGGCACAUUCAGACCUGUCCGACUGUUAUCUGUGGCGAACCGAUACGGCUUGAGCGGCGAGGAAGUACUUGACAACGUUGCGUAUGCGCGAGCCUACAACUCAGACCACCAACUUCAGCUGCUCAACCAGGCCGCGCAGAUGAUGACCGAAACCCGCUUCUCGCUACUCGUGGUGGACAGCGCGACGUCACUCUACCGAACAGACUUCAUGGGCCGCGGCGAACUCAGCAGCCGGCAGACCCAUCUUGCAAAGUUCAUGCGUACGUUGCAGCGACUGGCAGAUGAGUUUGGUAUUGCUGUGGUCAUCACCAACCAGGUCGUCGCGCAGGUCGACGGAGGUCCUUCUGCCAUGUUCAACCCAGACCCGAAGAAGCCUAUCGGCGGCAACAUCAUCGCUCACGCAUCCACGACAAGACUAUCACUGAAGAAGGGACGAGGCGAGACCAGGAUCUGCAAGAUCUAUGAUUCGCCGUGUCUACCAGAAUCAGACUGUAUGUUUGCCAUUAAUGAAGAUGGUAUCGGGGAUCCUAGUCCCAAGGAUCUGGAGAAGGACUGA